AUGCCCGAAACGCCCGUCGUAUCCACAUGCGCCAGUCCGUAUGUCAGACCUCGCAUCAUCAUCCACGGCGGCGCAGGCAACAUAACGCGUACAUCCAUCCCUCGUGACCGCUACGACGAAUAUCGCACCUCGCUUCUCAGCAUGCUGGACAAGGCGAAUGAACUUCUCUGCAAACCGGGCUCAACAGCAUUGGACGUAGCGACCUACGCCGUGACCCUUUUGGAAGAUGACCCACUGUACAACUCCGGGAAAGGAGCAGUCUUCACUCGCGAGGGCAAGAACGAACUCGAAUCCAGUAUUAUGGUUUCGAACGGGUACAAGAAACGGGGUGUUGGAUGUAUGCUGCUCAGACAUGUCAAAAAUCCUAUCAAGCUAGCAAGAGAAUUGCUUAUCAAAGGCGAGGAAGCAGAUGGUGGUGGGGCAGCCGACCAUUGCCAAUACAGCGGAGAGUUUGUCGAGGGACUCGCGAAGGGAUGGGGACUCGAUAUCGUGGACCCAAGCUACUACUUCACUCAAAAAAGGUGGGACGAGCAUCAGCGCGGCCUUGACGAGGAAAAGAAAAAAGCAGACUUAGAUAUAAGCAUAGAUGUGCUGACUGAUUGGGAGAGAGACAACUACAUCCCGCUUGGAACUUGUGGGGCAGUGGUUGUGGACAGCUUUGGCACCAUCUGCACGGCAACAUCGACGGGUGGGUUGACGAAUAAAGUUCCGGGGCGUAUUGGAGAUACGCCGACGAUCGGAGCAGGAUUUUGGGCUGAAGAGUGGUACGACGAGAAGGCCGUUAGACCGCAGAUGUUGUACCAGCCGUCUACUUCUGCUGCCGCGCCGAUCGACAAACUAUCAAGAGGCGAUAUACGCGGUGUAGUAGGCGACUGUAUACUAUCGCUCGGAUCGCGUACGGUACGAGAAACUGCAUCAUUGUCCAUCCAACCAUACGCGAAGUCCGUGUCAACGCGUCACGUUGUAGGUCUCUCAGGAACCGGCAAUGGCGACUCGUUUCUUCGCAUGUGUGCAGCUCGCACCACAGCUGCCAGGUCGCGAUUCUCUGCAUCAUCACUUUCAGACGCAACGACGUGGAUGGCGGGACCUAAUGGUGAGCUUCAGCGAUCUGCCGGGAACCGUUGGGGCGCAACCCAUGAAGGCACCGGCGGUAUCAUCGGUAUAGAGCUUGUCGACAGCAAGGUAAACGUUGUACAAGAUUUCAAUUGCGGAGGCAUGUUCAGGGCAUGGACUGACGAUGAUGGAAGCCCAAGAUGCUUAGUGUUCAGGGAAGAAGGCUGGGAAAAAGCACCCAAGACUUGGGAUGAUCGACCAAGAAAAUAA